AUGGAUUACUUCUCUCUCUUUCCUCUGGUAUGCGCUUUGAUAACCAGCUUGAUAGCCUACCAGUAUUGGAGAAGUUUACAGUUUGUACAUUUUAUGCCUGGCCUACGGCCUCUCCUAUCGCCUCUCAGCCCAUUUGGCAUGCUGCUGCCUAAUCACAAUUUACUGAAUCCUGGAUCAACGUGGUAUUGGAGCGCGAGGAACUCGUCGUAUCUCAAUAAGACACAUGAUAUAAUCUCAAUCGUCCCUCUCCUGGGAUCUGUCAGCUAUUACACCUGCUCAUUCGAUGUCAUGAAGCAAAUUCUCAGUGCGGAUAUCAGACUUCAAAUCGAAAAGCCGUAUGACAUGACACUGGAAAGGCUGUUUGGUCCAAGUCUAGCGUCCGUUAAUGGUGAAUCAUGGCGCCGGCACCGUCGAGUGGUACAUCCUGCUUUCAGUAAUAAACUGCGAGUCCAAAACCAAUCUUUGUCUGAUAAUUUCUCAUCCAGUGUGACCUUUUACAGUUAUGAAAGUAUCGGGAACGAAGUCGCCAAAAUUUACCAGUCGAUGAUGGAAUCAGAGGAUUGGCGGGAUUGCAAGCAAAUAGACUUUCUGGAAUCUCAUAAUUUCAUGUUGAAGUUCACACUUUGUAUCAUCUCAAAAUGUGGUUUCGGGAUUGACGCUUCCUGGAAUGCUAUUUCAAGUUCGGAGAAACUAGAAACACACCUGAAUCACCUUCAAGCUCAACAUUAUCGUCAGAAAGGUUUCACUCUUCCAGAAGCUUUGCGAAUUGUAUCUCAAACCCUCAUACCCCGGAUCAUUCUCCCAAACUGGGUCUAUGCUGUGCCUAUCGAAGGACUGCAAAGAAUGGGUGAAUCAUGGAAUGAUCUCUCAUUAUACAUCAGGACCGCUAUAAACGACAAGGACCUUGUGAAUCAUGUUUUUAAAGAUGGAGAUACUCAAGACCCCCGGGAAUGUAACAAAGAUAACCUUCUUACACGAUUGGUUACAUCGUGGACUCUCUCCAAGUCUGAAAAGUAUAGCUUGUCCGAGAAUGAAGUUAUUGGCAACAUGUACACCCUUAUGUUUGCAGGUCAUGAAACAACUGCCAGUGCACUCGUCUCGGUCUUUGCGCUUCUAGCCAUUCACCAGGACAUUCAGGAGAAGGCCUUCAACGAGAUCACUGUUGUACAGGCUGCACCGACUUUCGAAUCGAAAAAUAUCGACGUCAAUAAAAUGACUUUCACAAAGUUUUGUCUGUGGGAAGCAUUAAGACUUUAUCCCAGCGCGAAUUUCUUACCUCGGGAACUCACACAAGAUAUGACGGUGGAUGUUCAAAUGCCUGGCCCACAGAAGGUGAUAUUGCAUAAAGGAAGUUGGAUCAUGUUUGAUCUUAUCAGCAUAUUCCGCAACCCACAUACUUUUCCUCAACCAAAUGAUUUUAAACCAGAGCGCUGGAAUGGAAUAGCCGAACAUGAAGUGGGGAUGUUUGGAGUAGGUCCUAGAGCCUGUAUCGGUCGCAAAUUCGCUCAAGUGGAAGCACUUCAUAUACUCUCGAUUAUAUUGACCAGUUGGAAGAUUGAUAUUCUUACUAGGCCUGACGAGAAUCGGGAGAUGUACAAGGAACGCGUACUGGAUGAUGCGGGACAAGUUGGCACGGCAUUUGGAUUGAGGAGCGUUCCACUAAGGUUGAUCAGACGUUUCUGA